AUGCCGCCGUCGAAUACCAGCGCCAGCAAUCCGCGUCCAUCUGCUGUCGACCCGCAGCAAAUCGCCUCCUCCAAUGCCACAGCUAGUGCCUUUCUCGGCGGUCGCCAGCCAUCAUGGAUGACAGGUCGCGCAUCGACAGUGCCGACCUUGCGCCCGGUUGUGAAUCGACAGAACAGCCAGGCUGCCCAGAAGCAGCCUGCACCGGCUAUUCUUCCCUCGCCUGCCCCUAGUGAUGCGCCGAGCCCAGCCCUGUCGAAUGCUCUCGAUAGCCCGAAUACCAACUCUGCUUCGCUUCCUGAUGCACAGAACAUGGCACCUGCGAUCAGUGCUUCGGCCGCACUUCCCGUCACCGAAGCCCGAUUUGUUGUCGACCCGGUCAUUGCUGGUCCAACAUAUUCCCAAGAAGUUCCGAGACUGGGAAAUACCGGACCGUCACCCGUCGCCGACAACCGCCCGUUUCAGUCUCAGGGCGGCGGCCCAACCGCGCUAGAGAGAGACUGUCGGAGCUCGGGUCAAAACGGUGUUCCUUCGCCAUCGUUGGCGUUGGGAUCACUUCCUCCACCCAAACGGCGACGUAUAGAACAACCACCACUCUCGCCGCAGGCGGCACCACUAUCUGGCCCUUAUCUGCUUGCGUCGAUCGAUCAGCUUGUCCGGUCGUGCGGGGGAGAACAGUCUUUCGAACCCAGCAUUGAAAAGCCCCGGUUAAUGAUCCUCCGAGAGGCAUGCAAGAACAAUGACAUGUUCUUUUUAGCCCUUCAUCAACUGUUCUGCAUUUGGUCCCAGCAACCUCGGGACGCCCACCUGGUCAUCCCACAGAAGGUCACGACCAUAAAUUCAGCUUUUUCCAUCCUCCAGAUGAUUCUUAAGAAGAAUGACUCCAUAUCACCAGUGCUUCAGAAUUGGUUUGUCCAAUUUCCAGUCUCAAUGAGCACGGACUUGGAGAUGUGGAAGGUUGGACCCGGUGCUAAAGUCGAACAAAUAGCGGUAUUCCUACACCGGUUGGCUCACAAUUACGAUCGCCUGAGCAACGAAACCGUACACCGCGGUUACCCGUUUGUGGUGGACGAGCUUCUUGCUUACCUGUAUUGCUAUUCGCCCGUCUUACAGAAGAUCAUCUUUACCGCCUGUCGGAGGCGGUUGGGUGUACCAGACGGCGAUCUCGGCACUCGAAUCGAACAAGCUUUUCAACAGGACCAGAACCGCCAUUGCAUGCAGCCAGGCGGGCCCCAAAUUCUCGGGAAUUUCCCGCACCACCCGGGCGAGGUUGAAAUGCGGAACAGGGAAUUGAUUGAUCUGUAUAGGCAGAUAGUCUCCGAAGCAGCUGGGCCUCAGGGCUUAACACAACCUGGCCCUCAUCCCUCGCCUGGCCAACAAUCAGGACUCAUCAACCCCUCACCUGGCCCUCAGCCCUCGCCUGGCCAACAGCCAGGAUUCAUCAACACCUCGUUUGGCGCUCAAGGCAGUUCAAGCCAGCAACGACCAAUGCUGCCCUCCUAUUCUAUCCCAGGGCCGUUUCCUCAGGCACAGCCAGGCCCCUCGGGGGUGGCUCACUGGCCAGGGUCGAUGCAGGGCCAUCCUUAUACAGCACUCUCGAAUUCAACUCAGCCAGCUGGGAUGCAGACGGGUAUGCCCAACCAUCACCAGGCACUCUUGCAAUCCCAAGCCGCGGAUGCCAGCAGCAAUCGACCCGCCCACCCUAUGUUGCCACAGCACCAGCAGCCUCUACUUGGGCUUCAGGGGCAACAUCUCAACCAGCAGCAAUAUCUGCAGAAUUGGCAAGCGUCGGGAAACUUCCCUAUACACCCUGCCUACCCGGUGCCAUCGCAGGCCCGACAGGGGACGGCGCAGCAGUCGAUGGGCCAGCAUGCCCAGCAGAUCCAACAGAUACGCCAGGUGCAGCAGCAACAGCCCCAGCAGAUCCAGCAAAUACGCCAGAUGCAGCAGCAACAGCAACAGCCCCAGCAGACCCAGCAGAUACAACCGAUCCAGCAGCUGCAACAGAUGCAGCAAAUGCAUCAAAUGCAGCAACAGCAACAGAUGCGGCGUAUACAAGAUAGUCAACAGGUUUCGCCCGCGGCUAAUCGCCCCAGUGUUCCAUACCCUCCGCAAGCCGUUGCUUCUAGGCCCUCCCAGAGCUUAGAUCUAGCCACAGCACAGCAAGCCCAGCGCGGCAUUCUUCCAGGCCACACAGCAAUUCAGGUCAAUGACUUGCUGUUACCGCCGCUAGAACGCACAAUCACACGGCCGGAAUGGCCGUAUGACCCCUCGGAUAAAAAAUCAAUCCUGAUGUCUCUACAUCAGGCCGAAGUCCGUAGUCCAAAACGGGUCAUGAGGGAUGGCGCAAGAGGUCGGUUCUACCAAGCUGUUAAGUCGCUUGCGGUCAAACCGACACCGAUCACCCCGAGAAACGCCAUCUACGAGUUCAGCUUCGAAGUCACAGAGGAGCAGUUUGCCUUGUUGGCGACUAGAUCGAAACAGCCCGGUAUCCUGUUGCCGGUGGUUGAGCACUUCAACGGCGCUUUACGAUGGCGAGUCAGGUGUUGCAUGAUCCCCAGCUUGUCUUCACCCCUUACUGAGCAGCAAUGGGUAACAAGAGAUGUGAAGUGGCCACCCAACAUAUUUGUGACGUUCAACCAGAACGCGCUAGAGAUCCGCAGGGAUACGCAUAAUGGAAAGGACCUUCCCGCAGAAAUUACCAAUUUCAUAGUCCGCGGCACGAACACUCUCAAGGUUGUUCUUCCCGAACUGCAACCCGGCGGCGCUCUGGACCGCUAUAUCGCGGUCGAGAUGAUCGAGACGCUCAGCCACCUGAACAUUAUAAACACGGUCAGGUCGUUUGGCAUGAUACCCGAAGAGGAGACGUUGGGAAUCAUCAAGAAGCGUUUAUCCAGCUCCCCGGACGACGAUGUCACCAUCGAGGCUCACGACUUACCAAUCGACCUUGCGGAUCCGUUCAGCUCCACCAUCUUCAAAACGCCCGCGCGAGGCGUAGACUGCACGCACUUGGAGUGCUUUGACCUAGAGAUAUGGCUCAACACGCGGCCGUCGAAGCCCCCGAUUAAGUGUUCCCAUGGGCAAGUCGACUGUGGCUGCAAAACGGUCGAGCCGUCGAAUCCGGACAAGUGGCGCUGUCCGAUAUGCUCCAAGGACGCCAGGCCGUACAGCCUACGUAUCGAUAGCUUCCUCAGCAAGGUCCGUGAGCAGCUCGAGAGAGAGGGGAAGUUGCGGGCCAAAUGCAUCCGUGUCAAGGCCGACGGAUCGUGGUCGGCCGUCGUGGAGGACGAUGAUGACGGCGUCAGCGAUGGCGAGGAUGGACUGCCGUCGACGCGCAACAAGGGCAAAGGGAAAGCCCAAGCUCUUGCGUCGUUUGCUGGGACAGCAACAUCCAGCGCCUCAGCCGCCAAUGCAAGACGGCAGGAGGUGGAGAUUAUUGAGAUUGACUGA